AUGGAACUCAACCGAGAACAUUUUCGCGCCAUAAUUUAUUACAACUUUCAGAGACAACUAUCGCAACAAUGCCUUGCUGAGUUACUGUCUGCUUUCGGCAACGAAGUGCCACAUCAGCCGAGAAUUUUGCAUUGGUAUGGAGAAUUCAAACGUGGACGGGUGAGUCUUAGCGACGAUCCCAGGGUGGAUAGACAUGUGACAUAUCGCGAGAUUGAGGCGUCCUUGAAGAUCUCAAAUACCUCAAUUCAAAAAACUUUACAUGAAGAAUUAAGAAUAAGAAAAUUAGUUUCUCGUUGGAUACCCCACCUGUUGACUGAAGAGCAGAAAGCAGCCAGGGUUGAUUGGUGUCAAAAAACGCUUGACCGUUUCAAUUCCGGAAACUCAAAAAAUGUGUACAGCAUUGUUAGUGGUGAUGAAUCGUGGAUCUACUUUGAAGAAAAGCCAGCAAAAUUCAUCCGUUCUCGAACGGGUCAUAUUGAAAUAAUUUCUUUUAAUGAGCAAAGAACUGUUACUGCGUAUUGGUAUACCACCAUUUGUUUGCCAAAAGUCAUCACCGAGCUUCGAAAAAUCAACCCCGAAAGAAGAAUCAUCCUCCACCAAGACAAUGCAAGCCCGCACACAGCCCAAAGAACAAGUCCUAACGAUUUCUUUACUUUCCCGAAAGUUAAAAACAGACUGCGUGGUCAAAGGUUCCAGUCACCAGAAGAAGCAGUUGACGCAUUUAAAAAUGCCGUCUUGGAUCUGCCAGCAAACGAGUGGAAUAAGUGCUUCGAAAACUGGUUUGAGCGCAUGCAGAUGUGUAUUAAUCUUCGUGGAGAAUACUUCGAAAAACAAUAA